AUGAGCUGUUACGAUGAUAGGGCCAAGCUGCACCUGCGCCGGGCCAACCCGUCGCUGUUCCCCAGCCUGCAGGCCCGGGGCAUCCGCCGCGUGCAGAUCCUGAGCCUCCGCCGCAGCCUUAGCUACGUGAUCCAGGGCAUGGCCAAUAUCGAGAGCCUCAACCUCAGCGGCUGCUACAACCUCACCGACAACGGGCUAGGCCACGCGUUUGUGCAAGAGAUCGGCUCCUUGCGCGCCCUCAACCUGAGCCUCUGCAAGCAGAUCACCGACAGCAGCCUGGGCCGUAUCGCUCAGUACCUCAAGGGUCUGGAGGUGCUGGAGCUGGGGGGCUGCAGCAACAUCACCAACACCGGCCUCCUGCUUAUCGCCUGGGGACUGCAGCGCCUCAAGAGCCUUAACCUCCGCAGCUGCCGCCACCUUUCGGACGUGGGCAUCGGGCACCUGGCCGGCAUGACGCGCAGCGCGGCCGAGGGCUGCCUGGGCCUGGAGCAGCUCACGCUACAGGACUGCCAGAAGCUCACAGAUCUUUCCCUAAAGCACAUCUCCCGGGGGCUGACGGGCCUGCGGCUCCUCAACCUCAGCUUCUGCGGGGGCAUCUCGGACGCAGGCCUCCUGCACCUGUCGCACAUGGGCAGCCUGCGCAGCCUUAACCUGCGCUCCUGCGACAACAUCAGUGACACCGGCAUCAUGCAUCUGGCCAUGGGCAGCCUGCGCCUCUCGGGGCUGGAUGUGUCCUUCUGUGACAAGGUGGGGGACCAGAGUCUGGCUUAUAUCGCCCAGGGGCUGGACGGCCUCAAGUCCCUCUCUCUUUGCUCCUGCCACAUAAGUGAUGAUGGCAUCAACCGCAUGGUGCGGCAGAUGCACGGGCUGCGCACACUCAACAUUGGACAGUGUGUGCGCAUCACAGACAAGGGCCUGGAGCUGAUCGCUGAGCACCUAAGCCAGCUCACUGGCAUAGACCUGUACGGCUGUACCCGCAUCACCAAGCGCGGCCUGGAGCGCAUCACACAGCUGCCCUGCCUCAAGGUACUCAACUUGGGACUCUGGCAGAUGACGGACAGUGAGAAGGUCAGGUGAGGACGGCAGCACCUUGUCCCGCCUGUUCAUCCCCUCUUCACCACCACCGUCCCCCAUACACUCAUACAUAGAUCAUGCAGUCGCUGAGAUGGGGCAGUGACAGGAAGCCCAGGCUCCUUUUCUCCUCCUCCAGCGCCCCUCCCCACUACCAGCCCCUUUCCCACUGCCUCUGGUGUUCCCCUCUGCCACUUCUGUCCAGCCCCCUCUCCCUCACCCUGCCUAUGGAAAGAAAGAUGGACUCUGCUGCUCAACCACCCAUUCCUCUGCAGGGGGAUGAGGACUGCUUCAGCCAGUGUCCCCGCUGCCUUGCAUUUGGAUAUGGGUGGGGAGGGGACUAGUCCUUUCAACCCGAGGAGCUGAGGAAAAGGUCUGCCUUCACGAUUUCAUUUGGAUACUGUGAUCAGGUUUUUCAAAAUGUAUAAAAAACAACCAACUACAACCGCCUUUUCACCCUUCUUCCACUGUAACUGAUCCCAGCCUCUUUCAUCACUUCUUUUACAGUACUCUGCUAUUCAUGCUCAUUUCAUUUUUAUCUACUUUUUUUUUUUCAAGAAAUUGGAAGACAUGGU